CGCUCACUGUACGGACUUAUGCGCUACUAUUUCCCUUGAUUUUUAAAAACGAUCUUCCGCAACAGGUUCCUGCCUGGAGGUAUUGGUGAUCCACAGCUACUAGAUACGGAAGUCCGUUCAGUGAAAGCUUCUAUUCCGUCCAUAACCACCUGAACCAUUUAUGUUUUACUAGUCGUAAUGUUUGCAGUAUUGGUAGCUGGAAGACCAGUACAAACAAGUUUUAAUAGAGUAUCAGAGUCUCAGUUUCUUCUGGAUUUGCUACCCUUAAAUGAUGUAAAUCACAUUGUUGUGUUUCUAACAGGAGAAACUGUCUUUCCGCCAAAUAUGGGUGGCGGGGUUUACCUGGGGAUUCAGCAAAAUGGGGUCCCUAACUGGCACUUUCUUGGUGUUCUAACGAACGAGAAGCCUAGCGCGAUAUAUAAAGUUGGCAAACUUGCUAAAAAUGCACAGCUUCAAAAUGUUAUACACCCAUUUGGCACUAAUGCCUCUUUUCAAUGCUCAAAUGGAGUCGUACCUGCUCAAAUAGGAAUUUCUGUUGAUCUUUUAACAAAUCUGCCACAACAAACAGAAGAAAUCACUCCUGAAUCAUCAGUUUCUGCUGAUAAGAUGACUCAGUUCACUCGAUUCGCAGCUGAAAGUUUAUUUAAUUAUGUUGCUAGUUUUGCACGUGAUAAUUCAACAUCUGAUCCUCUUGUACCAAUGUCAGCAAUUAAAAGAUGGUUUGAUACAAUGUUACAGAAACUCUCCCUUGAUGCAUCGUUUUGGCGAAAGUGAACAACUUUAUACAUUAUUUUUGAUUCUUUUUUAAACACUGAUAAAGUGCGUACAGAUAAUCUGUUUUACUACGCCUCGUUAUUUGUUCCGACUAAAUUAUCCAUCAAAACAGAACGUAUUCAACAACAUACUGUGUACAAAUUGUAAUUCUAACCCAAUGAUGAAAUAGCAUUUAGUUAGUCACUUUUUUAAUAGAUAUUAAUUAAUAGACUAUUUCUAUUGAAUAACGUUCCACUCUCUAUAUUUAUUUAUUUUAAUUCGGACAACACAUUUAAGUGAAUAAUAUUGUUUGCAUUUAGAUCGUCAUCAGGCGUUACUCCAAUAUACAUGGAUAUCUAUAGGGGUAUAUGAGGAAAUCAGAUCAAAACAAUUUUAAGUUAAUCAUCAUAAUGAAAUAGACCAUGUAAUUAUCCGUAAUAGAUGAAAAGUACAGGUUGAUGAUGGUUAAAAGACUGGUGUACCAGUAGUGACUAGAAUAAUAAAGCUUCUAACCAAUGGUUGAAAAUAGGAAGUAGAUCAGACUUGGUUAAAUAGAUCUUAAAAUAAUAACCACACAAGAGUUAUUGAGAUCAUGUAACAAAAUUGUAAAUAAUCAGAUAAUGAAGAAUACAAACGAAAGGUGACGAACGAGAAACAAGUACAAGAUCUGGGCAAAGCAUUAUUAAAAUUAUUUACGGAGUCAAACCAACCCAAGAAAGGAGCAGGAGUGUCACGAAUUUCUUCUGAUUACAUAAACUAGGGUAGUAGAUUCGAAUGCCUACAGCUUUUGUCAAAUGUAGACGGGAUCAAGCCCCAUUGAGGGAAACCUAAGUUGUGCGAUUGACCACUCGAAACGAUUUGGUUCUAUCUACCGUAUGACUUAUCCAAACACUGGUACAAAUGAGCACCAGAAUAGAUAUACGCCACACAAACAAGGGAAUGAAGUUGUGAAGUGAUAGAUGUAGGAUGGAUAUGGUCAGAAUAAGGAAAAAUCAUAGAAAGCAAUUCAGUUCUUGGAAAAAGUGAGCAGGGAUAAAUCCCAGUUAGGGGGACGAUUUACUUAUUCGAAGAGUGUAAUAGAGAACUAUAGCAAGAUCGCC